AUGGUCCUCCAUGGACCUCCCUAUGGACCCUCCCCUAUGGACCCCUAUGGUCCUCCCUAUGGUCCUCCUAUGGACUAUGGUCCCUAUGGUCCUCCUAUGGUCCUCCCCUAUGGUCCUCCCUAUGGACCCUAUGGUCCUCCUAUGGACCCCUAUGGACCCCUAUGGUCCUCCUAUGGACCCCUAUGGUCCUCCUAUGGUCCUCCCUAUGGACCCCUAUGGACCCCUAUGGACUCCCUAUGGAUUUAUGGUCCUCCUAUGGACCCCUACGGACCCCUAUGGACCCCUAUGGUCCUCCCUAUGGACCCCUAUGGUCCUCCCUAUGGACCCCUAUGA